AUGGCGGCCGUGUAUGUGAGCACAGACCUUGAUAACCUGCUAAGAAGAGCAGCCUGCCAAGAAGCUCAGGUGUUUGGCAAUCAACUCAUUCUUCCCAAUGCGCAAGUGAAGAAGGCGACCGUCUUUCUCAAUCCUGCAGCUUGCAAGGGAAAAGCGAGGACUCUAUUUGAAAAAAAUGCUGCCCCAAUUCUACAUUUAUCUGGCAUGGAUGUGACAGUUGUUAAGACGGAUUAUGAGGGACAAGCCAAGAAACUCCUGGAACUGAUGGAAAGCACAGAUGUGAUCAUUGUUGCCGGAGGGGACGGGACCCUACAGGAGGUAGUUACUGGAGUUUUUCCCCAGGCUACCUUCAGUAAGAUUCCCAUUGGAUUUAUCCCACUGGGACAGACCAGUAGCUUGAGCCAUGCCCUGUUUGCCGAAAGUGGAAACAAAGUCCAACACAUUACAGAUGCCACACUCGCCAUCGUGAAGGGAGAGACCAUUCCACUUGAUGUCCUGCAGAUCAAGGGUGAAAAGGAGCAGCCUGUGUUUGCAAUGACUGGCCUUCGAUGGGGAUCCUUCCGAGAUGCUGGCAUCAAAGUUAGCAAGUACUGGUAUCUUGGACCUCUCAAAACCAAAGCAGCCCACUUUUUCAGCACUCUUCAGGAGUGGCCUCAGACUCAUCAAGCCUCCAUCUCAUACACGGGGCCUACAGAGAGGCCUCCCAGCGAGCCAGAGGAGACGCCGCCGCGGCCGCCUCUGUACCGGAGAAUCCUCCGCAGGCUGGCCUCGUACUGGGCACCACCGCAGGAUGCUCACUCCCAGGAGGGGAGUCCAGAGGUCUGGAAGGACGUACAGCUGUCCACCAUCGAGCUGUCCAUCACCACCCGGAACAGCCAGCUUGACCUGACAAGCAAAGAAGACUUUAUGAACAUCUGCAUUGAACCCGACACUGUCAGCAAAGGAGAUUUCAUAAUCAUAGGAAGUAGGAAGGUGAGAGACCCCCAGCUGCGCACCGAGGGCACCGAGUGUCUCCAAGCCAGCCGCUGCAGCCUGCUGCUUCCCGAGGGCAGCCAGGGCGCCUUCAGUAUCGACAGCGAGGAGUAUGAGGCAAUGCCUGUGGAGGUGAAGCUGCUCCCCAGGAAACUGCAGUUCUUCUGUGACCCCCGGAAGCGAGAGCAGCUGCUGCAGAGCCUGGCCCAGUGAGGGACAGAGGCAGAGGCAUUCCCAGGCUGCCCUUUAGGCCACCCGUGGGACCAAAAGGGAACAGAGGACCCCAAGGGCCUUUUCACGGCAAGUACACCACCCUCCUCAGUCAUUUCCGUGCUGCCGGCCAACCCUCCUAGUGACUUUCCUCACCCUGGGAACUUGCUGCCUCAGCUGUGGUGAGCAGGGCCCUGGGCCUGCCCGAGCUCCCUAUCCCCCCGUGGUGUCCUGUCCCUGGCCCGGGUGGGGUCUUUCCAGGCUUGUCUGGCCCUGCCAGGCCUCCUUCCCGAGUGUUGCUCUGAGUUCUGGUGCUUACCUAGCGCUUGUUCGGUUUCUGUGCAACAGCAAACGUGAGGCUGUUUCCUCCUUCAACCGUAGCUAUUGUCAAGUGCUUUUUUUUUUUUUAAAGCAGUGCUUUCUCACUGUUGGUGUGCAUGAGAACCCUCUGGGUGUGAUGCAUGUUGAAAACCACUCCACCUGCCAGGGGCCUCGGACUCCCCAGUGAGUCUGAAAGGGUCCCUCAAGUGUUUAAAGCAGUGCUCCACUUAUGCUCUUGCCCGUGCUGUCCCCAAAAGUAUUGUUACAAAUCAUGUGUGCCCCUCACAUUUACAUUCACCUCUUUCAUGGGUAGUUGCCAAAGUAUGUACUUUCUAGUGUCAUCCAAGUAAACUGUUACAUACCCUUCUAAAAAUUUAGUAUAAUUUAAACACCACAGCAGUGUGACAUCCCUUAUUCAUAAAAAUAAAUUCUUGAGUAGUUAAAACUUUUUUUUCCUCCCUGUGGGUGUAUUUGCAUACUGCUUUCAGCAAAACAAUGUUACUAUAAUGUAAUCUAUUUUUUAUGCUUCACAUUUCUUGUCAACAGAAGAUAUUAAUGGAACUUUUUUAGUUAAGUUCAUACUGAAAGUUAUUGUAAUUAUUGAUAUGUAAUUGAUAAACUUAAUUUUGAUAAUUAAAAACAUGU